CUCACACUGACCCAAUGUCUCUUCCUAAGCGAAUCAUCAAGGAGACAGAACGUCUUGUUGCAGACCCUGCACCAGGCAUCACCGCCACCCCACAUGACGACAACCUCCGGUAUUUCGAUGUAACGAUCCAAGGACCCGAUGGUAGCCCAUUCCAGAACGGCGUGUUUAGGCUGGAGCUAUUUCUGCCGGAAGAGUACCCUAUGGCCCCACCGAAGGUCCGCUUCCUCACUAAGAUCUACCACCCCAACAUCGACAAGCUUGGUCGCAUCUGUUUGGACAUCCUGAAAGAUAAGUGGUCCCCCGCGCUCCAAAUCCGCACUGUCCUCCUGUCGAUCCAAGCGCUUCUUUCCGCACCGAACCCGGACGACCCGCUCGCGACGGACGUCGCGAAGCACUACAAAGAGAACGAGAAGGACGCGCAGCGCGUCAGCAGGGAGUGGACGGAGAAGUAUGCCUCUGCCUAGUUCCCCUUCUCCUACGCGUGCUCCCCCUUCCCCUUCGAUACGCGAGUCGCCGUAACAUAGAAGAAGCUCUCUGGUUGUGUAAAGAACAAUGUAUCACUUUCUUCAGC